AUGGAAGGAUGUGGAUGGAAGCAAUCAGCGAUGAAUGUUUGGAUCUUUGGAUCUUUGGAUGAGGACAUCUGGCAUUGGUUUCAAACAAUGGGUCGUCGGAUCCGUGUCCAGCGUAAAGGAGCUGGAGGUAUCUUCAAAUCGCACAACAAGCAUCGUAAGGGAGCCGCUCAGUUGAGGCCCCUUGAUUAUGCUGAACGUCACGGUUACAUCCGUGGUGUCGUAAAGGACAUCAUUCACGAUCCUGGACGUGGUGCACCUCUGGCUAUCAUUGCUUUCCGAGACCCCUACAAGUACAAGACCGUCAAGAGUACAGUUGUUGCUGCUGAAGGAAUGUACACCGGACAGUUUGUCUACUGUGGAUCUAAGGCAAGCGUACAAGUCGGAAACAUCGUUCCUGUUGGUUCUCUUCCCGAAGGAACCACUAUCUGCAAUGUUGAAGGAAAGUGCGGUGACCGAGGAAAGUUGGCCAAGUGUUCCGGAAACUAUGCCACUGUUAUCGCUCACAACCCCGAAACUAAGAAAACUCGUAUUCGUCUCCCAUCUGGUGCUAAGAAGGUCAUCCAGUCUGCCAACCGUGCUAUGAUUGGAUUGGUUGCUGGAGGUGGACGUACCGAUAAGCCUAUGUUGAAGGCUGGUCGUGCAUACCACAAGUAUAAGGCCAAGAGAAACAGCUGGCCAAGAGUCAGAGGUGUGGCCAUGAACCCCGUUGAGCAUCCCCACGGAGGUGGUAACCAUCAACACAUUGGUCAUCCUUCCACCGUCAGGCGAGACGCAAGUGCAGGAAAGAAGGUUGGUCUUAUCGCUGCCCGUCGUACUGGAAGAAUCCGGGGAGGAAAGCCAGUCAAGAUCACCAAGGAAGAAGCUGUUUAAGCUUAUUGUUUUUGUUGAAAUA